AUGGCGGCAACGGUACGCACCUUGACGGCGAUCUGCAGGAAUCCGAUGGCGGCAGUCUUCAAAAGGAUGAUGGGAAGCGCAACACCCAGGAGAACAGCAAUAGUGACGGGAUCUAGCCGGGGAAUAGGUAAAGCAAUCGCCCAACGUCUCGCGGCCGACGGCUAUGCGGUGACCGUCAACGAUGUCGCGCUCAACAAGCAAGGUAUUGACACUCUAGUCAGCGACAUCAACAAGUCAUAUGGUGCCGGCUCGGCCAUUGGUGUAGUCGCCGAUGUCAGUUCAUCAUCCGAGCUUCAUUCAAUGGUUGAGGAGUCUGUGUCCAAACUGGGGCCUCUAACUGUCAUGGUGGCCAAUGCUGGGAUCGCCCAAGUGGCAACGGUUCUCGAGACAACCGACGCAGAUGUCGACAGAAUUAUGAAUGUGAACUUCAAAGGCGUGUGGAAUUGCUAUACUUCUGCAGCGAAACAAAUGAUUGCCCAGGGUCCUGUUCCGGAAGGGAGUACCGGGUACAAGAUACUCGGGUGCUCUUCUAUAGCUGCGUUUAAGCCUUUCCCGCUGUUGGCGACGUACUGCGCAUCGAAAUGGGCUGUAAGAGGCCUUACGCACACCUUUGCGAUGGAGCUAGCAAAACAUGGUAUCAGUGUCAAUUGUUACGCCCCAGGAAUCGUGGGCACGGCGAUGUGGGAAGAGAUAGAUGAAAAGUUAGGCGCGAUCGACGGAAGAGCGAAAGGAGAGACACUGAACAAAUACGUUAAGGAGUUGACAGCUAUGGGACGAGUCAGUGUUCCAGAAGACGUGGCAAAGGUGGUUGCAGGUUUUCUCUGUGGUCCGAAUUCUAUGUUUGUGACCGGACAGACUGUGGUUGUUGACGGCGGGAUCGUCUUCACAUGA